AUGUUUCUGCCACGCAGCAUCGAGGCCGACCACAAGGACCUCAUCCACGAUGUGUCUUUCGACUUUCACGGGCACCGGAUGGCCACCUGCUCCAGCGACCAGAGCAUCAAAGUCUGGGAUAAAAGUAAAAGCGGCGAUUGGCAUUGUACUGCUAGUUGGAAGACACAUAGUGGAUCUGUAUGGCAUGUGACAUGGGCUCAUCCUGAAUUUGGACAAUUGUUGGCUUCCUGUUCUUUUGACCGAACAGCAGUUGUUUGGGAAGAAGUAGUAGGAGAAUCAAACGAUAAACUUGGAGGCCAGAGUCACUGGGUGAAGAGGACAACUCUACUGGACAGUAGAACUGUUAUGAAUCUCAGCCAGUGGUCUCUACAGCACGAGAUCUCAAGUAAGCUGAGCUGUAGCUGUAUUUCUUGGAACCCUUCCAUCUCUCCUGCUCAUUACCCCAUGAUCGCAGUGGGAAGUAAUGACAGCAGUCGAAAAGCAAUGACCAAGUUUCAGAUUUUUGAGUACAAUGAAAACACCAAGAAAUACUCAAAAGCAGAAAUUCUUAUGACAGUAACAGAUCCUGUUCAUGAUAUUGCCUUUGCUCCAAAUUUGGGGAGAUCUUUCCACAUCCUGGCAAUAGCCACCAAAGAUGUAAGAAUUUUCACAUUAAAACCUGUGAGGAAAGAACUUACUUCUUCUGGUGGUCCCACAAAACUUGAAAUCCAUAUGGUGGCUCAGUUUGCUAAUCACAACUCUCAGGUCUGGAGGGUGAGUUGGAACAUAACAGGAACAGUGCUAGCAUCCGCAGGAGAUGACGGCUGUGUAAGGUUGUGGAAAGCUAAUUAUAUGGACAAUUGGAAGUGUACUGGUAUUUUGAAAGAUAAAGUGAUCCCAGUAAAUGGGAGUUCUCAGCUGGGAAACUCAAAUCCUUCAAUAAGUUCAAAUACUUCAAAUCCUCAAAACUCAUUAUAUGGAUCUUCUGCUGGCAGAAAGCAUAGCUGA